CAGAAGUGUAUAUUUUUAGUUCCGACAAAACCACGCUAAACAAGGGCUCAGUUGGUACGUGUAAGGUUCACAGCGGUCAUCAAAAAGCGACAUGUUAAAACCUGAAGACCAGCGCUGUUGACGACAGGGUUUGGCUGAAAAAACUAACUCUCCUCAAGAAUUUGUUCAUGCUGUUUUCUUGAGUUUCAAGUUGUCACCAACAUCAAUGGCAAGCACAAAUUGUGGCAAUAUUUGGAAAGUCGGUGAUUUUCCAGUGAGAUCCGUUAUGCUCCAACCAACUGCAGACGAACACCGAGAUGCCAGCAAUCAAGCAGUUACGACCUGUAUGAGUUUGUAAAGGACUACGGAUUAAUUUAACAGCAGCGGAAUGGAAUCAUCCCUGAAUUCAACCAGUAACGGACUAAACAGCACUGAACAAGGACUCAUUUCCUUGUACACCUAUCUCGAACGUGUUGUGGUGGCUGUCGUUUUCAUUCUGAUAUCUAUAUUUGAUAUUGCUGGGAACACUGUUGUCAUCCUUGCUGUCGUGUUCAGUAAGAAACUGCGGACUUCCACUAAUGUUUUUGUCGUGAGUCUCAGUAUAGCUGACUUCAUGGCUGGUUUGUCGUUACCCAUGAGUGUGGUGGCUCUACUCAGCCCUGGUGAUACCUGGCCGUUCUCCACCGAAACCCCAUGCUUCAUUGCUGGCGUCUUACUUUUUAUCAGUUCCGGUUCCAGCCUCCUCAAUAUUGCUUGCAUCGCCCUGAACAGAGCCAUUCUCAUUAAACGUCCCUUUUCAACGUAUCUUUCGUUGUACUCUAAAAGCAAUAUUGCCCUCAUGGUGACAACUGUUUGGGCAGUUGCCAUCUUCGGUGUCCUCGUUCCACCUUUAGUUGGCGUUGGAGGAUUUGGCUUAGACCGGGAGCAUCGCACCUGCAGUGACCUCCAGGAUCUUCCAGGUAGCGUGACCUAUGACCUGAUUAAAACCAUUACUUUUUACAUCUUACCCCUACUGAUCAUCUGUACUUGUUAUGUCGUCAUCUUUAUUCACGUGCGACGCCAUUUCAAAACCCAAAAGGUAAGAAGUCAGGAAAACACAACAGAAUUGGAAGUCACUUCAUCAUCUAGCUGGAAAGCCAAGAGUCAGACGCUAGAUUCAACUACAGUUCGCGCAAGAGACGCACAUCGACAGCGGAUCAACCGCCAGCAACUUCAAAUCACCAAAAAUCUCUUCAUGGCAUUUUGUGCCUUCCUCCUCUGUGCGUCUCCAUACUGUGCUACCAUGAUAGCUACCACCAGUGAUCGUUUCCGUCUCUUCAGUGGAGCUCUUCUUCUUUGCAAUAGCUGGGUCAACCCGAUCAUAUACGGGGCUCAUCAUCCGCAAUUUAAGACAGUGAUGCGCAGCAUGAUGAAAUGCCAAUACUCUCAGAUCGAAGAACAGUCAGACACACUGAAAGUUCUGAUAGCUUGUGGAAACAAGAAAAAAUAGUUCAUCGGGUUAGAUGAUCAGUGGAUGAAACAACAUUAGUUCUGAGCACCAGUAAAAUUAGCACACAUUUACAGAAUAGAUAAAGAAUGUUUAGCAAACGUAGGCCUAUAGACUUAUACAAACACCCCGUCUAGCAUUUAUUCCAUGCAUUCCCCUAAAUGGAAAGUUGCUUGAAGACUAUUGAAAAAUCAUUUAAUUAAUUGUAUCUUAAAUUUCAUCGAGAUAUAUAUUUGGACAUUAUUAUCAUUAUCAUUGGAAAAAGCAAUUUUGCAUUUAUAAUAAUUGAUUUAAAUACUGUUUUUAUGUAAUUAUACUUAACCGAAGAACACUAACAAAGACAUAUACUGGCAAACUUAAAGCAAAAUGAUAAUUGACUUGCCGUAACUUUUUUAUGGCACAGAAAUAUGAUCGCUGAUUUUGCAAUAAGGACAUGAUGAUUAACGAACGUUGCCCUCAGCAUUACAUAUCUAAUCCGUACAUUUUUAAAUAAAUUCUUGUGAAAUGUAUCUUGGGCUAAUAUCUUGGGCUGAUUUGUGAAUUCUCACUUUGCAUGAUUCAUUCUAUUCCUUCUAACUUGCCUCCAUAGAGGAUUCUGCUCAACAAUAGCUUAGGUUAACUCAAGGCAGCACACACACGUUUUAAACUAAACUGGAUCAGCAUGAUCCAGGCCCUGAAAUAAUACGGAUAAUUUUUUUUCACUAAGACCUCAUGCAAGCGAAACACUGAUAUAUAUUUCGGCAAGUUUCAAACGAAAUCGUUGCACUAUGCCAUAAUAACGUUGUUUAUCUUUGUAUUUUCCUGUGGAUUUUAUAGUCUUUAAUUAGUGUCUUAUGCAAACCCAGGAAAAUCCUCCCACUCAACGAACUUUGCUGGCGUGUAUUGAGACCGUUGGAAUUUCAUUUACUUUGACAAUUUGUUUGUGCAAUUUGAUAUUUAUUGAUUUUGGAAGGGUUUUCAAAGGACGAUGAGUUUCCUUAUAUUCAUGUAUUUAUGUUUAUUUACACUUGUUUCACAGUUUGUUUCUUUACACCACUUUAAAGGAAGACACAGAAACAGUCACUAAAUUUGCUUUAAUAAUUAAUUUACAUCAUGGUUUCUUACUUUAACUUCUAUGUCGUUGAGGUUGUAAUUUCGCAUAUAAUCAUCAAAUUUUGUCUGAUCGCCUCAAGCCAAAUCCAUUCUAUUAGUCCAUUUCCAUAUGCACCAAUCUUUUUGAUAAAAGCAGCAUUAUAACCUCACACAUGCAGUGUGUAUGCUACCCUUAACCAUAUAACCAUAAUUUACAAUCAUCAAUUACACAGCUUUUAUAUUUUUUCAGUCUCGAUAAACUAAUAGAGGACAAUCAGAGUUACAAAUCCUUAUUGUGUAACCACCAUUACAACCAGACGUUAAGUAUUUCUCACCGUGAUUACUUUAUCGUUAAUUAAUUUAAAAAAAAGCAAAACUCAAUAUAUUCGUGUUAUUUUGUGCGAUUCCUUUCGCUGUUUACCCAUUGGUGUAUCCAACGUCAUUCUGACGGGAGGGGAGUUACAUGUGAAAAGGGGCAUCGAGCAUUCCAGCUGAAAGUUUACCUUUUUUUCUGCCAAUAAUCGACCUAUGUUUUCUAAUCGAAAGGUAUGCCGAGUGAGUGAGACUCGGCGGCACGGACAGUUAUUGUAUCGGACAAUCCGCUGGAACAAGAGAGGGCGUGCUUUUACAUAGCAUUGAAGGUCUUUUGUGGUAAUU